UUUUUUUUUAAAACACGGGAUCAAGGCGGAUAAAGUGAGAGGGGUAGUACAGAGAGAUCCGUAUCGAAGUUCUCCACACUCAUCCGCCGAGCGUAGAGAAAGAAAGGAAAAGGGUUUCAGGUGAUCCUUUUUGUCAAGUUUAUAGCAAACUUUGAAAGGCCCAGAUUUUGUGAAAUUCGCAAAUGGCAUUCUUAUUGGAAGUAUAGGAUAUUUUCUGGGACUGUGACUUUAUUUCCUUGACUCUCCUUUGCAAACUCAGACUGAGCUCUUCUUUUUCUCAUAGUUCAAGAAUUUAUUUCCGGAAGUUUUCAUCAAAUCAUGACUUCUUCCGUGCGAAAUAUAUCUGAUAAUAGUGGACCUUAUGAGCAACAAAAGCCGGCACAACCUGAGAUCCAGCAUGAAGCUCCUUCAACUGGAAACUUUCAACCUGGUAUGGCAACACCUGUUGGGUACAUGAUGCCUCCGGGUCAUCUUGAAACAGGACAUGCUGUGGCUCAGAUUGCUUACCCAUAUGUUGAUCCCUACUAUGGAGGUGGUUUUGCUGCUUUUGGACAGACAGUGUUCCAUCCACAAAUGAUGGGGAUGCAACACCCGGGAGUGCCAUUGCCAACUGAGGCUGUUGAAGAACCUGUAUAUGUGAAUGCAAAGCAAUAUCAUGGUAUAUUAAGGCGUCGGCAAUCUCGAGCAAAAGCUGAAUCAGAAAAUAAGUUGAUUAAAAGCCGUAAGCCUUAUUUACAUGAAUCGCGUCACUUGCAUGCUCUAAAAAGGGCUAGGGGAUGUGGCGGUAGAUUUCUUAAUUCCAAGUCUGAAGGAAAUCAGCAGAAUUCUAAUUCCAAGUUUGAAGACAAUCAAGAGAAUGGGCAGAUCGCUGCAGUCUCUGAUGAUAAAGAAAAGCCUAUUAGUUUACUCAACUCUGAUAAGUCCAGUUUGGACAAUGAGCCAGAGGCAACAUCCUAGCCACCUUUGUAGGAAUAAAGAUGGGCUGGAUGAUGGGAGGAACAAGUGGCUCUGUAUAAUAGUAUCUGCGGGAACAGUCGCCAAUGGCCUGUAUGAGGCGGACUAUCUUUGGAGUUUUUCUCAGGUUCGAGUAUAUAGCCCGUCAGUGAUAAGUACAUUCUGCCUUGGGAAGUUUAAUGUGCAGUAAAUUGAGAAAUACUUCACAAGUUCCUGUAAAACAGAAGCAUUUGUCUGGAGUUUGGACCUUUUUUUUUUUUUUUUUUUUGUAGGUUUACUGAUUGAACAUGUAUCUUAGACUAGAUUGCUAGGUAAUUACAGUGAACAUAUCUUUGGCUUUCAGUGUUCUUCCCUUUACCAUUUCUCCAAACAGUGAUUCCUAUGGACAUUUGCAUUGACAGGAGCUGCUAUACUUUGUUGCAACACGAAGCAAGGAUUGACAA